AUGAGUGCAACUUCUGAGUUUAGUUUUAAGGAUAUAUUACCCAAAUGUAGAGAUGACUUUAAUAGAUUUGGCAUGAAUCAAAGGAAGGAGCCAUAUUUUACUCAAUAUUCAAAGUACUGUAAUGAAUUUCGUAAGAAUAUAAAUUAUACUACGGGACGGCAAAUGAAUUUUGAUAUAUCAUGUAAAGAUGUCCUUUUUUAUUUAAAUUAUAUAGAUAAUAAUACAUCAAAAACAAAAAUUCAUCUAGAACAAAGUUGUAAAUAUUUCUUUUACAAGUUGAAAGACCUAGUGAAAUCAUAUGGUGGUUCUUGCGGAAAAACUGAAAGUUGUUAUAAAAAAAUUAGAGAAAAGAAUUCGAAAAUAACUUAUACAGUAGAUAUACCUGAUACAUGCCUAGAAUAUGCUAAUAAUUAUAAUAUCAAUGACGACAUAUAUACUACAUUUCAAAAUUUAGAGAAACUAUAUGAUAUUCAUGGGAAAUUUGAAAAACUCCAGGAGGAUUGCAAUUCCUUCCUUAGAACCUUUAAUGAGUAUGAUAGAAUUUUUACAGAAUGUAAAAAAUGGGACAAUAAUGAGAGUAUUAAGAAUGAAUUGGGAAAAUUUUAUGAUGAAUAUAAUAAAUAUCAUAAGAAAAAUAUUGAGUGUAAAGCUACUCGUGAAGCAUUACAUUCAUCAACAGAGGCAGCUCCAGUGACAGAUGUAGGGACAGAUUUAGUGGAAGCUCCAGUAUCAAAUGCAGUAACGGAUGUAUGGAUAGAUAAAGGAACAGGUAUGGGUGUUUUCACGGUUCUGCUUUUAAUAAUUAUGUUCAUACUGUAUAAGUAUACUAUUUUUGGUUCAUUUUUACAAUCAUUAGUAAGAAUGUUAAGGAAAACGAUUUUCAAAAAAAAUAGCUAUCAUUAUAACUUAACGGAUUCAUUCGAUAGAACAUAUAAUUAUUCCAAUGAAAAUAAUUAUCGAAUAGCAUA